CGAGAGAGGCUGGCCCGGGCCAAAGGGGGCGGAGCCGGGGCUGCCUGCUCCCGAUGGGAGCCUGGAAAGGGGGAAGCCCGCGCGCUCAGGGGCAGCAGCGAGAGCGGAGCAGGCGGGAGCGGCGCUCGCUUUGCCUUGCUGGAUUUGGGGAUCUCCGGCUGGGCAGGGGGGAGGGGGCGGAGAGAGAGAGAGAGAAGCCAGGAUUCUCCUCGCCAAGGGGGGGUUCAGAGCGCUGGAUCGAGGAGGAGGAUGGAGCCUGUGACCAAGUGGAGCCCUAAGCAAGUAGUGGAGUGGACGAAGGGGUUGGAUGAUUGCCUGCAGCAGUAUGUCCAAAAAUUUGAACGCGAGAAGAUAAAUGGUGGUCAGCUCUUACAGAUUUCUCACCAGGAUCUUGAAGAGUUGGGUAUCACCCGGAUUGGACACCAGGAGCUCGUUUUAGAGGCUGUGGAUCUCCUCUGUGCACUGAAUUAUGGCCUCGAAACGGACAACAUGAAGAACUUGCUUCUUAAGCUACGAGCUUCUUCCAACAAUCUGCAAAACUACAUUGGCAGCCGGAGGAAAAGUUCAAAUUAUGAUGGAAAUACCUCACGCAAGCCUCCUAAUGAAUUCCUUACCUCAGUGGUGGAGCUUAUUGGUGCUGCUAAGGCUUUGCUGACGUGGCUGGACAGGACGCCGUUUACAGGGAUAGCUGACUUUUCUGUGACUAAGAACAAAAUCAUUCAGCUCUGCUUGGAUCUUACUACCACUGUUCAGAAGGACUGUCCUGUGUCUGAAAUGGAAGAUAAAGUUCUCAGUGUAUCCAAGGUUCUAAAUGGAAUUUGCGAUAAGACAAUCCGAUCUACAACUGAUCCGUUGAUGAGCCAGGGUGCGUGUCUUGAGGAGGUUCAUUUAACUAACAUCAAACCUGGGGAAGGCCUGGGAAUGUAUAUAAAAUCUACUUACGACGGAUUGCAUGUUGUUACUGGAACAACAGAAAACUCUCCAGCUGAUAGGUCUCAGAAAAUUCAUGCAGGCGAUGAAGUGAUCCAGGUGAAUCGCCAGACUGUGGUGGGAUGGCAGCUGAAGAACCUUGUGAGGAAGCUCCGUGAGAAUCCUUCUGGCGUUACUCUAUUAGUGAAGAAACGCCAUACAGGCUCUUUUAAUUUUACUCCUGCGCCACUCAAAAACCUAAGGUGGAAACCACCACUUGUUCAGACCAGCCCACCUGCAACUACUACCCAGUCACCUGAAAGCAGCAUGGAUGCUUCCCUGAAGAAAGAGAAACCAGCCAUUCUGGACCUUUACAUACCUCCACCGCCGUCUAUUCCAUAUGCUCCUCGGGAUGAGAAGGGGAGUUUUGUUUAUGCAGGAGGCAGCAAACCUAAACAACCCCUGCCUGGUUCCAAAGGUGCAGAAUCUCCCAAUUCCUUCCUGGAUCAGGAAUGCAGGAGGAGAAGGUUUACACUUACCGAUUCCGACCCAUUGCCUGGCUAUUCCAUGGAAGCAAAUAUUUUUCCUGCAAAGAUGAGGGAAAAAACGCAAUCCUAUGGAAAGCCUCGCCCGUUGUCUAUGCCUGCAGAUGGAAACUGGCUGGGAGGUGUAGAACCUUUCUCUAGGCCCCGAGCAAUGGGGAGAAAAGGUGAAAAUGCCCUCUGCCGGUACUUCAGCAAUGAGAGAAUCCCGCCCAUCAUUGAAGAAAGUUCUCCACUUCAGCAUCCGUUUUCCAGGCCUGUGGCGGAGAGGCAGCUAGUGAGGGGUGCAGACUACAUCAGGGGGAGCAGGUGUUUUGUUAAUGUGGAUCUUCACAACAGUGCGACGAUCCCUUUCCAGGAGGAUGGAGCCAAGAAGCUCCCGGUGACCUCCUCCACGAAAUCCUCCUCCACAGAGCGCUCCCUGCUGGUCAGCUGGAUUACGAGACUCAAGUUAUUGACUCACUGAGUUAACUGGCUGCGUUAUGACUUUCUAGGGUAUUUGAUAUUAAGUGCCUUUUCUUCCCCUCCACCUUCACAUGGUUUUGCAGUACCCACAGUGUUACUGAGCAGUUUUGCAUUUUAUUUUAUUUUCUCCCCCUGGGGAAGCUUGCCCUUUCCCCAAUGUUUCUGUUUCGAGAUUCACUGGAGUUGGAGAGAGGGGGUCUGUUUAAGGGGGAGCAGGAGGAGAGACGAGGAGAGAGAGCGCAAGAUGUAGCAUUUUUCUACCUGCCCAAGGGUGGAGGGGGAAUUCAGUCCUCUGGAGAAAAACCGAUCAGGCUCGAGUGAUUCAGAGGUCACUGCUGACCUGAAAUCCGCAUGACCCACGCAGAAGCAAUCUCUGCAUCGUAAUGAGGCCUGGUGGCACUUCAUUUGCUACAAGACUCUGAUGCUGUGCAACCUACUGGAUCUGCAGACUAUGUAGCACUCAGCAAAAAAUGGAUUCCUACGCUGCAAUCCUGACCAAGAAGGAAGAAAAGGGGAGGUUUUCCCCUCCCCCCUCCCUCGUCCCUUUUAAGCAACGUGGUUGCACUGCAAGUGACUGGAGACGACUCAACUGUUGUCAGGAAUAAAAUGCAGUUUCUUCCUUUGUUCUGAUUAGUUACAAACGUGAGGCUAUUUUGGUUGAAGUUAUUAAAAUCUUAGUACAGUUAAACUGUUCUUCCCUGAAUUGCUGCAAUACUCAUCCAAUUAGGACAUGGAUUGCUACAACAUGCCAAGGAAAUGCAUCUCAAGUGACAAUGGUAAAAAUGAAUAUAUCUUAUUGCUUUUUUAUGAUUAAGACUGAAUAGCUGUUAACCAAAGUAUUCUUCUGAAAGCAAUCCCUGCAAGCUUCUGGAGCAUCAACUGUGGUUCAAGGUUGAACUGGUUUUUAUAUUAUUUGGGCUUUAAAGGCUGACUUGUGAUGAGUUACAUUUUUGUAAGGCAGUUUGCUCUUUCAAAGCGUUGGGGAAGAAACUGUUUGCCGUCAUUAAAUUAGUAGCAUUGGGUGAGAGUUGGGGUGGUCUGUGGAAGGGAGGACUUGCCAGAAGUGUUUGGAUGCAAAUAAUUUGUUGUUUUCAAAGCAAGUGUAGGAAAGAGGUUUUUUUUGUUAGAGAUCCACAAAGAACAUCUUGUUUAAAAUAAUUUAAAAGUAUUUAAAUUACGCUUUCUUUCUUUUCUUUUUCUUAAAAAAAAACACUUAACCUUUUAUGCAGCUUUUACAUUUCUCUCUGACAUCACUGGGUACUAAUUAGCCAAGGCCAAAAAAAGGUCACACCCCAUUAAAUUAGUUAUUUGAAUGGUCUGAAAACAGCACCAUCUACACUGAUGAAAGGAAUUCAUCACAUUUUACACUGCUGUCUAACAUGAUAAAUGUGAUCUCGGCAAGCUUUCUUGAGCAGUUUAUAACAAGCAUGGGGAGACAGAUGUUAAAUUAACUGUCUAGGAAACUGUCACAACUAUACUAGGUUGAAUGGAUUUGCACAAAUUUUUACCAUUAAAAGAAUGCAUAUGGUUAUAACUAAA